AUGGCGGCAGGACUCUCAACAACCUUAACAUUCAAACCGCUCCACCGCUCUCUUCUUUCCUCCUCCUCGUCCUCCAAUUUCCGCCUACACCACCCAAAAUCCGUACCUGGAUUCCCUUCGUCUCUCCGAUUCAGAGGCUAUUCGGUCUGUUACGUCGUCGAGGAGCGGAGGCAGAGCUCUCCCAUCGACAACGAUGAGAGACCCGAGAGCACGAGCUCCACCACCGCCAUAGACGCAGAGCUCCUCGCGUCGCGUUUGGCGGAGAAAUUGGAGAGGAAGAAAUCAGAGAGGUCCACUUAUCUAAUCGCUGCAGUCAUGUCGAGCUUCGGCAUCACUUCCAUGGCUAUCAUGGCCGUUUACUACAGAUUCUCUUGGCAAAUGGAGGGAGGUGAGAUAUCAAUAUCGGAGAUGUUUGGUACAUUUGCUCUCUCUGUUGGUGCUGCUGUUGGCAUGGAAUUCUGGGCAAGGUGGGCUCAUAAAGCUCUCUGGCAUGCUUCUUUGUGGAACAUGCAUGAGUCGCAUCACAAGCCUAGAGAAGGACCGUUUGAGUUAAACGAUGUGUUCGCAAUAGUAAACGCUGUUCCUGCGAUUGCUCUCCUCUCUUAUGGUUUCUUCAACAAAGGACUCGUUCCUGGUCUCUGCUUUGGCGCCGGGCUAGGAAUAACGGUGUUUGGGAUCGCCUACAUGUUUGUGCACGAUGGUCUAGUGCACAAGCGGUUCCCUGUAGGUCCUAUCGCCGACGUUCCUUAUCUCCGAAAGGUCGCCGCCGCUCAUCAGCUACAUCACACAGAUAAAUUCGACGGUGUGCCAUAUGGACUGUUUCUCGGACCAAAGGAAUUGGAAGAAGUUGGAGGAGAUGAAGAGUUAGAGAAGGAGAUAAGUCGGAGAAUCAAAUUAUACAAAAAGGGUUCGGGUUCUGGGUCGACUUCUUGA